UCAUGGAGCUGUGAUGGAAGAGGAGAGAUCUGAGUGAUUAUGGCAAUGGGACUCUGGAUCUUUAGGUAUUUCCAGAUUUCACUGAGAAACCUUAGGGAUGGCGUUGCAGAGAAUACGCGAUAAUGAAUAUUAAAACAAACUGAUUAAGAUGGCUGCAUUCAGAAAAGCGAUUGACUGUUUCCUCGGUAGAUUGAAAAACCCUGUUUCAUCCACUCAGUCAACAUCCAAGGACAGCACAUCUGACAAAGUUGGAUUGGGAGGCCGGCAGAAAAAUUUCAAUAAUGUGUUCGAAGUGAAAAAUAGAGGAACAGAAAGUCCUUUAUUCAAAGCUGCAAGACAAAAUGAUGUUGAAACCUUGAAGAAUUUAAUACAGGAAAAAAAUGUAGACCCUUAUGAGAGAGGUGCUGUUGGAGAAACCGUGUUGCAUGUUGCAGCAUUAUAUAACAGUAAGGAAGCUGCAAUUAUAUUGCUCAAUGCCUUUCCGUUCUUAAUUGAUGAACCAAUUGACUGCGAAAUGUACAAGGGUGAAACAGCUCUGCAUAUUGCAGUGGUGAAUCAGAAUAUUGACCUCAUUAAGGAGCUGCUGGCUCUAAAUGCAGAUAUCAAACAUUCUCGUGCUGUAGGAACUUUUUUCACUCCAGGAAAAGAUUGUCGAUGCUAUUAUGGGGAAUAUGCUUUAUCCUUUGCAGCAUGCAUAGGAAAUGAACAAAUAGUUAAAAUGAUUGUGGCACACGGGGCACCUUUAAAUGCACAAGAUAAACAAGGUAACACAGUUUUCCACAUGCUUGUGUUGCAUCCAAAUAAGAGCAUGGCUUGCAGAAUGUACAAUUUUAUUUCAUCACUUAUAUCCAAGGAAAAGAUUGAGUACUUGGAGAAUAUCACCAACAAAGAUGGACUCACUCCCAUGAAACUGUCUGCAUUUGAAGGAGAUGUAGCAAUGUUCAGUCAUUUCAUGAAGAAGAGAAAACAGAUCUAUUGGGCCUUUGGACCUGUAUCGUCUACCUUGUAUGAUCUGACAGGAAUUGAUACAUGGGGUGAUGAACUCUCUGUCCUUGACAUCUUAUGCUCUAGCAAGAAGAAGGAGGCUCGGAAAUUAUUAAAGAUUACUCCAGUGAAAGAAGUGCUUCAUCAUAAGUGGACUAAUUAUGGCUUCAAGUAUUUCUUGCUGUGGACUGCACUUUACUUUUUAUACACGAUCAUUUUUACAGUUUGCUGUGUGUACCGUCCUCUUACACCAGCAGGACCUGAUGGGGACAACAUCACUAUCAUGGUUCCAAAACCACUCAGUGAAGCUUAUGCUUCUGCUGAAGACUUUGCUCGAUUAGCAGGGGAAAUUCUGACUGUUGUGGGUGCUGUUCUGAUCCUAGUUACUGAGAUUCCACGACUGAUUCACAUAGGGCCAGCAAAAUAUUUUGGGAACACUGUAACUGGAGGUCCUUUUCACAUUACAAUGAUUGUUUAUGCUUGCUUUGUUCUAAUCACCAUGAUACUAAGAGUUUUGAACCAUGAAUGGGAAACCGUUAUAAUGGCCUAUGCUCUGAUAAGUGCCUGGUGUAAUGUCCUUUACUUUGCACGUGGAUUCAAGUUGCUUGGUCCCCUCUGUAUCAUGAUACAAAAGAUGAUUUUUGGUGAUCUCAUGAGGUUUUGUUACGUUCUGAUAAUUGUCAUAAUAGGAUUUGGUGCAGGUUUCGAUGUUCACUUUCAAGCCUUGGAUCCAAAUACUUAUUUGUACUUCAGGGAUUUUACCAUCACUAUUUUCACAUUGUUUCAGCUGAUGAUGGGUCUCACUGAACUUCCAGGUCCACCUGACAUCAAGAUCCCUGACAUUAUCAUUGUCCUUUAUAUGGUGUACAUGUGUUUUGGCUUUGUUCUUCUCCUGAAUCUUUUCAUUGCUUUAAUGGGUGAUACUCAUUAUCGAGUCGUCAGUGAACGAAAGUCACUAUGGAAAGCUCAGAUUGCUGCAACAACUCUUCUACUUGAGCGGAGACUACCAGCUUGGCUCUGGCCCAGAGCAGGAAUACCAGGAGAUCUGUUGGGUCUAAACGUAGAUAAGUGGUAUUUAAGAGUCGAAGAAAGAAGUGACUACCAAAAGGCAAGGAAGAGGUCUGAAAAUGAGGAGAAAGAAAAUGUAACCCAUCCGAGGAAAAACAGAAGCGCCUACCGUUGGAAACUCAUCCAUAAAAACAUUUCAAAAAGUCUUAAAAAGAAUGACGAAGCAUGUGAUAUGACUACUUUGUAAAUUUUGAUCAAUGUAACACUACAGGUAUUGGUUUUCAGGACUACAUAAUUACUUUCAGAACAUAAUGAAACCAGGCAAGACCAAUGGCCUGUUAGACAAUGGGCAGUUCUUCCUCAGGUGUAAUCACUUGCAUUCAAAAAGAUAUUUAAAAUUUUAGUGAAGCUGAAUUUCAACAGAUCCAUUAAAAUGCUAAAUGUUUUUGAAUGUGAUUUAACCAAUGCUAUAACUUAGACAACCAAGAUGGAUAUUGUUAGAUAUUAUAUUGUUUGUACAUUAAGAUUGGAUAGCCGCUUUAAUAGAUACCCAGAAUCAAUAUUCACAAAUGUAACUAGAAAAUCUAUUGUCAUUUGCAAAGUAUAGUAUUGCAAAGUGGAACCUAAUAUUAAGUGACUGCAGUAGAAAUAUUUCAAAGAAAUAAGACUACAAUAAUACAAAGAGUCAGAUUUUAAAUUAGACCACGGGGGCCUUUGUGCACUUAUAAAUUAUGGCAGUUUUGUUGUAACAGUUUUUAGAUCACAUCUUAAAACUAGGAUGAUAAAACAGCUUUCAGUAUGAAGUUACUAUCACACAGUUUCUAAAUGAUCUGUGAAAUGUAAUACAGGAUGUUACUGAACACAGAACAAGAAUGAAAGUUUUUUAUAUAUAAAAUGUAAGUAAAUAGAAAACUAUAAUCUUAUACAGUAUUUAACAUAAGGUACAAAUGCUACUGUAUUUGAAGGGGUAACACUGCUGCUGACUGUAUUGUAACACUAUGUACCAAAAUAAACCUCAAACAAGA